UCAGAGUGACAUGACCUAAAUUAAUACCCAGUUCAUCAGUCCAAGAGUUUAAUCUUGUCUUUUGCCUACAGCGAUAUAAAAAAGCAUGAUUAUAAAAAAAAGACGAGAUUAUUACUUUCAGUGAAGUAAAAGAGAGAUAGCAUAAAAAUAAUGAUUGAAUAAUACAACUUAUAAACUUGUAUUGGAACACCCUGCCUGCUGUCUAGCUGUUUGUUCGGGUCCGGCAUCGGUUUCGUUGCACGAGCAUUUCAUAGUACAUAAUUUAAUAUUAUAAUUCAAUUAAUUUACAUGUGAUUAUUUACUACUGAGGUUACUAUAAUAUUUCGACAGUGUUUUCUCGAAGAAUAGUCAUGGAUCUCCACAGGCCUGUCGAUCCUAAUAAGACUUACGAGGAGCUAACCUCGGAGGAGAAGUUGAGAUAUGACCAUCAGAAGCUGCACGAGAUGCACAAGGGCCACGAGUCGAUGCACACCACGAUGGUGAUGAUCCUCAUAGUGACCCUCGUGGUGGCACAGCUCAUCGUCAUGGAGUGGAAGAAAAGGCAUUACAGAUCGUAUGCUUUUUUCACGAUGGUGGCGAUGUGGUCGAUACCUGUGCUAAUGAGCGUUAAGAACCAGUGGUGGAGGUUCAUCACGAUAUGGAGCAUAUUCACCAUGCUCACAGCGGUAGUCAUAAGGAAAUCCACCAACAGACCCAUGUCCGUCACCACGCCAAGGCUAGUAUACAAAUGGUUCUACUUAAUAUACAAAGUGAGCUGCUUCCUGGGCGUGGUUGGGUAUAUACUGAUGAUGCUGACGUUCCUCGGAGUCAACCUGCUGUUCGGCCAGAAGCCCCAGCAGUGGAUGGAUGUGGCCCUCAUGUUGUUGUUCUACGGCCUCUACUUCGGAGUACUCGGCCGGGACGUGGCCGAGUAUUGCACUGACAAAAUGGCGGCUUCUAUUGGGUACUACACGCAGGAAGGCAUGCCCACGCGGCAGCUGGACAGCAACGUGUGCGCCGUGUGUGGGAACCAGUUGCUGGUCAAUGUUAACGAGGAGGGCGUCCUCGAAAACACAUACAAGCUGACCUGUGGCCACGUGUUCCACGAGUUCUGCAUCCGAGGGUGGUGCAUUGUCGGCAAGAAGCAGACCUGCCCCUACUGCAAGGAGAAAGUUGACCUCAAAAGGAUGUUCACCAACCCAUGGGACCGACCUCACAUUCUAUACGGUCAGUUGUUGGACUGGAUCCGCUGGCUCGUGGCCUGGCAACCACUCAUACUGUUCCUAGCACAAGGCAUCAACUGGCUGUUUGGACUCGAAUGAGGCCAACAUUAUCCACACAGGAUCAUUGCGCGGACUAUGUGAAGGACAAAGUGUGAUGUGAAGUGAAAUUGUGAACAUUGUGUUCCUUAAUAGUAACUGUUAAUAAUAAGGAGUGUUAACGACCCCAGUAUUGUAUUUAAAUAGCGAAGAUAUACAAGGUACAUCACGGUAAGAUAUGUACAGAAAUCAUAUUGUUGUCAAAUCAUACAUUUUAUUCAAUCUUUUGGUUUAAAUAUUAUUAUUUAAGUACAUACUUUGAUUUUCUACGGCUUCCAUCUGUUUUAUUCUAGGACAAUACAGGUUAGUUUUGCUUGAUUUUUUUUAAUGUUCUGCAAGCGACCAAACGGAUUACCUGAUGGUAAGCAAUCAGCGCCGCCCAUGGACACCCGCAACAACAGAGGAGUUACGAGUGCGUUGCCGACCUUUUGGGGAUUGGGGAUUUGUGAUUUGGAGAGGAAAAAGUCUCCGGUUGAUGAUAUAGAAAAGUAAUUGCCCUUAAUUUCUAGUGUAUUUAAGUGCAGCAAUAAUGCAUGUUUUAUCAGCUUGACAAAAACAAGUGAUUUUCGUAUAGUAAAAGUUUAUAGUUUAAUAUAUUGUGUGUAUGUAAAAAAUACACAAAAUACUAAGACUUCGCCGCGCCGCGCACGUUGCUCGUCAAUGACCUGAAACUAGCCUCGGCCUGACAUGAAACUAGUAGAGCUUUCCUCCAUAAUACGGUAGUUUCCAACUAGUCAAAUUC